AUGAUCGGAAUUCGCUAUCUUCCGACUGAGUUGCGCAUUAUCCCAAAUUUCUUCUGUAUUUAUUUCUUUUUUCCUACUAAAGCCUCACCUCCUUCCACUUUUUCAUCUUCUCCUCCUCUUCAUUCUCUUUCCUCUCCUCCUCCUUCUUCCCCUUCCCUUCCUCACUCUCCUCGCUCUUCCUCGUCCUUUUUUUUGUUCGGCCUCCUGCUUCUUUCUUCUUCUUCAUUCUUCUUUUUUCCUACACAUUUUUUAACUUCUUUCUCCUCUUCAUCCUCCACCUCCUUCUUCCUGUUCUUCUUCUCUUCCUUCCUUCCUUCCUCAUCUGCACUUCCUUCUUCUACUCCCUCUUUCUCCUCCUCCUCCUUUGUCUUUCUCUUCCCUUCCUCACCCUCCUCGCUUUCCCUCGUCUUCCUCUUCUUCUUCGACUUUUGUUCGUCCUUCUCUAUUUCCUCCUACUCUUCCUCCUUCUUCCUCUCUAUAUUUAUCUUCUUUCUCUUCUUCUCCCUCCUCCACCUUCUUUCUGUUCUUCUUCUCUUCCUUCCUUCCUCAUCUUCGCUUACUCCUUCUACUCCCUCUUUCUCCUCCGCCUUCUUCUUCGUCUUCCUCUCCCCUUCCUCACCCUCCUCGCUUUCCCUCGUCUUCCUCUUCCUCGUCUUUCUCUUCUUCUUCGACUUUUGUUCGUCCUUCUCUACUACCUCCUACUCUUCCUCCUUCUUCCUCUCCAUAUUUAUCUUCUUCUUUCUCUUCUUCCUCCUCCUCCACCUUCUUCCUGUUCUUCUUCUCUUCCUUCCUUCCUCAUCUUCACUUCCUCCUUCUACUCCCUCUUUCUCCUCCUCCUUCGUCUUCCUCUUCCCUUCCUCACCCUCCUCGCUUUCCACUGUCUUCCUCGUCUUCUUCUUCCAUCCCUCACCCUUCUCGCUUUCCCUCGUCUUCCUCUUCCCUUCCUCACACUCCUCGCUUUCGCUCGUCUUUAUUUUCUUCCUCUUCGUCGUCUUCUUUUGUUCGUCCUCCUCCUACUUCCUCCUUCUUAUUCUUAUUCUUUCUCCUCUUCAUCCUCCUCCAGCUUCUCCUUGUUCUUCUCUUUCUUCCUUCCUCGUCUUCGCUCCCUCCUCCUCCCUCUUUCACCUCCUCCUUCGUCUUCCUCUUCCGUUCCUCAUCUUCCUCGCUUUCUCUCGUUUUCAUCCCCUUCCUCCUCUUCUUCUUCUACUUUUCUUCUUCUUUUGUUCGUCCUCCUGCUACUCCUUCCUCCUCCUCCUACUUCUUCUUCUUCCUCUCUAUUUUUAUUUUCUUCUUUCUCCUCUUCAUCCUCCUCCUCCUCCUCCUCCUCUUCCAUCUUCUUCCACUUCUUCAACUUUCUUCUUUGUAUACUCUGUUCUAGCCGAGUGA